CAGCCGCCAUCUUGUCGCGGCUCGGAAUCAGGAUUUCGGGAGAGUUAUUAUUUUUUAUUUAGUAACAGGCUACCCAAACCGAGGUCGAACGGGUUCGUUCCGCCGAAAACAGAAGGCUUAUACACUUUCGAGGAGAUUUGGUGCGAAAAAACGGGGACUGGGCCGGUUUUCGUCGGUUAGAAAACCCCCCGUAUAUCUGAUUUCCCCUUCAGAAAGCGCCGCUUCUCUCCAUAUCACCGCUCCUGUCCGUAUUGUUCACCGGGAGACAGCGGCGUAGGGGCGAAAUCGCAGCAUAAAAAUUACUUUUUUGUCAGUCGAUCCAUUUUCUUAGAGACAGAAAUGGAAUUUGAAGCAAUUAAAUUGCUCUCAGAAAAAACGGCUGUUUAAAGAUGCGAAGGUAACGGCUUCUCGGGGGCAAACGACUGAGAAUCUAAUUUGUGCAUUAUUUUUAAAUUAUUUUCUACUUUACGUUUUUUCAGAAAAAAAUAUUUUCCAUCGGGGGACAAUUUUAAUGAUGAUAAUGUGGGUGUUGGGUGUUGGAUUAUCAUGGGGUGAAUGGCGGAGCGGGGCGCUGUUGCUAUUUCUUUGAGGCAUCUACCUUGCUAGCUAGCUAGCUAGCUAAUUAUUUUCCUCUGAACGGAGUGUGCGAGAAAGAAAGCCCGAGGGUUUGAUUGGUUUGAUCGCAGCUACACCCGGUCCGGGAGGAUUUUUGUUUGUAUUUUCAAAUUGCUUAAAUAAUAAUCCUAAUCGAAAAACCAUGGCUGAAAACUUGCUGGAUGUCGGACCUCCGAACCCAAAGCGACCGAAGCUCAAUUCACCUGCUCUGUCCACCACGGAUGGUCCAGUAGACCUGGGCUCCCUGUUCGAGCUGGAGAAUGACCUCCCGGACGAGCUGAUUCCCAACGGGGACCUGGGCCUGAUGACCAUGCCCUCCAACGGCGGGGGCGGGGGAGGGGGUGGCGGCCUGGGCGGGAUGGUGCCGGACGCCGCUUCCAAGCACAAGCAGCUGUCGGAGCUCCUGAGAGCGGGCAGCGGGUCCGGCCUGGGCCCGGGCCUCAACUCCGGCAGCCCCCAGCCGGGCAUGGGGGGCCAGCUGGGCGCGCUGGGGAAGAGCCCGCUGGGCCAGGGCUCGCCCACCCACCCCUCCCAGGCGCAGAAGCAGGCGGCCGCACCCGGCGGCCAGGGCAACGGGGGCAUGGGGCUGAGCACGGGCUUCGGCCAGGCCAUGCUGAACAGCGGCCCCACCCACAUGCUCCAGCAGGCCCAGGUGAUGAACGGGACACUGGGCUCGGUGGGGCGCGGCCGGGGGGCGCCCGGGCUGCAGUACCAGGGCCAGGCCAUGCAGGGGGCGCCGGCGGGCGGGGCGGGGGCCAGCGUUGCGGGCAGCGUGCUGGCGGAGACACUCACCCAGGGGGCGCCGCAGAUGGGAGGCCACGCCACCGUCAACGUCGGCGCGCAGCAGGCUGGGAACAUGAACAAGAUGGGUCUGUCGGGGAACAAUGGCCCGUUUGGGCAGCCGUACGGGCAGGCCGGGGUGCAGCAGAUGGGGGGCGCGGGGGUGAAUGCCCAGCUCCAGAACAAGGCCGCCCUCCCCAACAGCCUGCCCCCCUUCCCCUCGGAGCUGAAGAGUGCCGCCAGCGUGCCAAACCUGUCCCAGAUGCAGCAGCAGCCCCAGCAGCAGGUGCCCUCGGUGGGCGUGGUCCCGGGACAGGGCGUGUCCGCGGGGCCCACCGCCGACCCCGAGAAGCGCAAGCUCAUCCAGCAGCAGCUGGUUCUGCUGCUCCACGCCCACAAGUGCCAGCGGCGCGAGCAGGCUAACGGGGAGGUGCAGGCCUGCGCCCUGCCCCACUGCCGCACCAUGAAGAACGUCCUCAACCACAUGACCCACUGCCAGGCCGGCAAGUCCUGCCAGGUGGCCCACUGCGCAUCGUCGCGGCAGAUCAUCUCUCACUGGAAGAACUGCACCCGGCACGACUGUCCCGUCUGCCUGCCGCUGAAGAACGCCAGCGACAAGAGGAACCAGCAGCCCAUGCUGAGCUCCCCCAGCGCGGGCCUGCAGACCUCCAUCGGCCCCGUGGGCACGGGCCAGCAGAGCGCGCCCAGCAUCACCAGCGCCACGCCCAUCGACCCCAGCUCCAUGCAGAGGGCCUACGCCGCGCUCGGCCUGCCCUACGGCAACCAGCCCGCCGCGCAGACGCAGCCGCAGCAGCAGGUCCCCGGACAGCAGCCUGCGCAGACGCCGCAGCAGCAGCAGCACCAGCUGCGCUCCCUCAACGCGCUCGGCACUAACCAGAUGAACAUGGGAGGCGGGGCAAUGGGCGUGCCCACGUCAGAGCAGACCAACCUGCACUCCGACUCCUCCAUCCCUUCCUCACUCAACACGGCCAACCAGCUGAUGGCGGAUGGGCCGGGCGGGGGCAGCAUGGGGAACCUCCCCACGGCCGCGCCGCUGUCUGCCACCGGCGUCAGGAAGGCGUGGCACGAGCACGUCACUCAGGACCUGCGCAACCACCUAGUGCACAAACUUGUUCAAGCCAUAUUCCCCACUCCAGACCCCGCAGCCCUGAAGGACCGGCGCAUGGAGAACCUGGUGGCCUACGCCCGCAAGGUGGAGGGGGACAUGUACGAGUCCGCCAACAGCAGGGAUGAAUACUACCACUUCCUGGCAGAGAAGAUCUACAAGAUCCAGAAGGAGCUGGAGGAGAAGCGGCGAUCGAGGGGCCGGAAGCAGCCGCCCAUGGCUGCCCCAGGCGCCCAGCAGCCUGGCCUGCCCCAGCCCAACGCCCUGGGGCCCGCGCAGGCUGUCCGGCCCCCCAAUGGACCUGUGCCUAUGCCCAAUGUGCCAAAUCAGAUCAUGAACCGCAUGCAAGUUUCUCAAGGAAUAAAUCAGUUCAACCCCAUGGCGAUGCAGAACGUGCAGAUGUCCCAGGCGCCCAUGGGGGCGCGCGCCGCCUCCCCCAUGAGCCACCCCGUGCAGAUGAACAUGGCCUCUGUCCCAGCGAUGGGGAUGUCCCCUUCCAGGAUGCCCCAAGCCCAGGGCAUGAUGGGAAACCACGCCAACAACAUGGUGGGGCAGACGGCCAACCAGGCCCAGUUCAUGGCUCAGACGCAGUUCUCUGCCUCCAGCGGGGGCAUGAACGUGAACGUGGGUCUCAGCCAGCCGGCCGCUCAGGCCGCGGUCACGCAGCAGCAGCAGCAGCAGCAGCAGCAGCAGCAGCAGAGUGCUAACCUCCCCCUGAACGCCCUGGGCUCCCUGGGUCCCCAGCUGCCCUGCACCCCGAGCGCCCAGCCCCCUCUGCGCUCCACGCCGCCGCCGCCCCCCACCUCCACCGCGGCCACUAACCUGCAGCAGCUCCAGCACCCCGCCCCCCCGCCGGCCCAGCCCUCCACCCCGGCCUCCUCCACCCCUGCCCCUGUGCCCAGCACCCUCCCCGGCCCCACCCCCGCCAUGGGCACCCCGUCCCGGCCGCACACCCCCCUGCAGCCCCCCCCGGAGCCUCCCCUGCAGAUGCAGCAGCCCACCUCUGUGCAGCCGCAGGCCCCCAGCACCCCGCUCUCCCAGCCGGCAGCCAGCAUAGAUAACCGCGUGCCCACCCCUGCCUCCGUGGCCGAAGUGCACUCCCAGCAGGCCCUGCCCGACCUGCCCGCUCCGGAGCCCAAACCCGACCUCCGGGGGGACGACCAGGACUUUUCUUCCGGCAAAAUGAUGGCAGACCCCAAAAUGGAGCAUGAGGAAGAGACACGGUCGCUGUCGGUGAAGAAGGAGGAGCCGGAGGGGGCGGAGCCCAAGCAGGAGCCAAUGGACGUGGAGAAGAAGCCGGAAAUGAAGGCGGAGUCCAAAGAGGAGGAGGAGGGCGGGGCCAACGGCACGGCCCUGUCGACAUCGCCCUCCCAGCCCCGCAGGAAAAUCUUUAAGCCUGAGGAGCUGAGGCAGGCCCUGAUGCCCACGCUGGAGUCGCUGUACCGCCAGGACCCCGAGUCCCUGCCCUUCCGGCAGCCCGUGGACCCCACCCUGCUGGGCAUCCCGGACUACUUUGACAUAGUGAAGAACCCCAUGGACCUGUCCACCAUCAAGCGGAAGCUGGACACGGGCCAGUACCAGGAGCCCUGGCAGUACGUGGACGACAUCUGGCUCAUGUUCAACAACGCCUGGCUCUACAACCGCAAGACCUCGCGCGUCUACAAGUACUGCUCCAAGCUGGCCGAGGUGUUCGAGCAGGAGAUCGACCCCGUCAUGCAGGGCCUGGGCUACUGCUGCGGCAGGAAGUAUGAAUUCUCCCCUCAAACGCUAUGCUGCUACGGCAAGCAGCUGUGCACCAUAUCCAGAGACGGCACCUACUACAGCUACCAGAACAGGUAUCACUUCUGUGAGAAGUGCUUCAACGAGAUUCAGGGCGACAGCGUCACCCUGGGCGACGACCCUGCUCAGCCGCAGACUAUGAUAUCUAAGGACCAGUUUGAAAAGAAGAAAAACGACAUGUUGGACCCAGAGCCGUUUGUUGAAUGUAAGGAGUGUGGACGUAAGAUGCAUCAGAUAUGCGUUCUGCACUACGACGUCAUCUGGCCCUCAGGCUUCAUCUGUGAUAACUGCCUGAAGAAGUCCGGUAAAACACGGAAGGAGAACAAGUUUGCCGCCAAAAGGCUGCAGACCACCAGGCUGGGCAUGUACAUAGAAGACAGAGUGAAUAAGUACUUGAAGAGGCAGAACCACCCGGAGGCCGGGGAGGUGUUCGUGCGAGUGGUGGCCAGCUCCGAUAAAACCGUGGAGGUCAAACCCGGGAUGAAAGCCAGGUUUGUGGACACGGGCGAGAUGGCAGAGAGCUUCCCUUACAGAACCAAAGCACUUUUCGCCUUCGAGGAGAUCGACGGCGUGGACGUCUGCUUCUUCGGCAUGCACGUCCAGGAGUACGGCUCCGAGUGUCCUUUCCCCAACACCAGACGGGUGUACAUAUCGUACCUCGACAGCAUUCACUUCUUUAGACCUCGCGUGCUGCGGACCGCCGUUUACCACGAGAUCCUGAUCGGGUAUCUGGAGUACGUGAAGAAGCUCGGGUACGUGACGGGUCACAUUUGGGCCUGCCCCCCCAGCGAGGGGGACGACUACAUCUUCCACUGCCACCCUCCGGAUCAGAAGAUCCCCAAGCCCAAGCGCCUGCAGGAGUGGUACAGGAAGAUGCUGGACAAGGCGUUUGCCGAGCGGAUCCUGCACGACUACAAGGACAUCUUCAAGCAGGCGACGGAGGACAGGCUGACCAGCGCUAACGAGCUGCCCUACUUCGAGGGGGACUUCUGGCCCAACGUGCUGGAGGAGAGCAUCAAGGAGCUGGAGCAGGAGGAGGAGGAGAGGAAGAAGGAGGAGAACACGGCCUCCUGCGAGACGCCAGAGGGGACCCCAACAGACAGCAAAAACGCCAAGAAGAAAAACAACAAGAAAACCAACAAGAACAAGAGCAGCGUGAGCCGAGCCAACAAGAAGAAGCCGGGCAUGCCCACCGUGGCCAACGACCUGUCCCAGAAGCUCUACGCCACCAUGGAGAAGCACAAGGAGGUGUUUUUCGUGAUCCACCUGCACUCGGGCCCGGUGAUCAACACGCUUCCUCCCAUCAUGGACCCCGACCCCCUGCUGUCCUGCGACCUGAUGGACGGGCGGGACGCCUUCCUGACGCUGGCGCGGGACAAGCACUGGGAGUUCUCCUCGCUGCGGCGCUGCAAGUGGAGCUCCAUGUGCAUGCUGGUGGAGCUGCACAACCAGGGCCAGGACCGCUUCGUCUACACCUGCAACGAGUGCAAGAACCACGUGGAGACCCGCUGGCACUGCACCGUCUGCGAGGACUUCGACCUGUGCAUGAGCUGCUAUAACACCAAGGGCCACGAGCACCAGAUGGUGAAGUGGGGCCUGGGGCUGGACGACGACAGCAACGGCCAGAGCGGCGAGGCCUCCAAGAGUCCGCAGGAGAGCCGGCGCCUCAGCAUCCAGCGCUGCAUCCAGUCGCUGGUGCACGCCUGCCAGUGCCGCAACGCCAACUGCUCGCUGGCCUCCUGCCAGAAGAUGAAGCGGGUGGUGCAGCACACCAAGGGCUGCAAGCGCAAGACCAACGGCGGCUGCCCCGUCUGCAAGCAGCUCAUCGCCCUCUGCUGCUACCACGCCAAGCACUGCCAGGAGAACAAGUGCCCCGUGCCAUUCUGCCUCAACAUCAAGCACAAGCUCCGGCAGCAGCAGCUGCAGCACCGGCUGCAGCAGGCGCAGAUGAUGCGCCGGCGCAUGGCCACCAUGCAGGGGCGGGGCAUGCCGCAGAGCCUGCCGUCCCCACCCCCGCCGGCCGCGCCCACCACGCCCACCUCGCACCAGCAGCCCAACACGCCCCAGACGCCCCAGCCCCUCCCCUCGCAGUCUCAGCCGCCCACGCCCAACGCCGGCGUCAUGUCGCCUGCCUACCCCGGCGGCCCCCGCAGCAGCCAGCCACCCACGCCCGUCCCGCAGGGCAAGCCAGGCCCCCAGUCCUCGCCCCUGCACCAGCAGCAGUCGCCCCUGCCCCACCCCCCCCAGCAGCAGCCCCCCCCGCCCCAGCCUCAGCCCCCGCUGGCCGCGCUGAAAGUGGCCCGGCACAUCGAGCGGGUGGCGCAGGCCCAGCAGCAGCACCAGGACUACCGGCUCAACGGGCACGCCAUGGGCCACCCGCGCAUGCAGGCCCCCAUGCCCAUGGUGGGGCCGCGGGGCCCCGCCGUCAUGCAGCCCAUGCAGCCCGGCCAGUGGGCGCCGGGGCCCCAGGGGGCCAUGCAGGGCCCCCCGGCCGCCCAGCAGCAGAUGGCCCCCCAGCAGCAGCCGACGCAGCCGGCCCCGCACAUGCAGCGGGCCGUGAUGGCGCAGCCCCCCCGCAUGGCGGGCGUGGUGCCGCCGGGGGCGGGGGGGCAACAGCCCCCCCCGCAGCAGCCGCAGAGGAUGGGCGGCGGGGCCAUCGCCCCCACGGCGCUGCAGGACCUGCUGCGCACGCUCAAGUCGCCCAGCUCGCCGCAGCAGCAGCAGCAGGUGCUCAACAUCCUCAAGGCCAACCCCCAGCUCAUGGCCGCAUUCAUCAAGCAGCGGACCGCCAAGUACCAGGCCAACCAGGGCCAGCCCCCACAGCAGCAGCAGCAGGGCCCUCAGGGCAUGCACGGGGCCCAGCCCGGGCUGCAGGGCCUGGCCCCCAUGCAGGCGGGGGCCGUGCAGCGGCCCGGAAUGCCCCCCCAGCAGCCCCAACAGGCUCAGCCCCAGGGCAUGGGCCCCAUGGGGCCGCAGGGGCAGCUGAUGAACCCCGGGCACAACCCUCAGCUCCAGGAGAUGUACCGCCGGCAGCUGCUCCACCGGCAGCAGCAGCAGCAGCAGCAGCAGCAGCAGCAGCAGGGCGGUAUGCCUCAGACGCACGGCCAGUUCCCCCAGGCGCAGGGCGGCGCGGCGGCUAGCUACUCACAGCUCCGCAUGCAGCACCAGCAGCUGGCCAUGCAGCAGGGCGGCAGCGGGCCCAUGGGGCAGCUCCCUCCGAUGGCGCAGAUGGGCCUGGACGGGUCCCAGAACCUGCUACACCAGCGCAUUCUCCAGCAGCAGCAGCAGCAGCAGCAGGCGGGGCUGAAGCCCCAGAUGGGCUCCCCGGCCCAGGCCAGCCCCAUGAGCCCGCAGACGCACAUGCUCUCCGGCCAGCCCCAGGGGGCGCACCUGCCCGGCCAGCCCAUGGCCACGGCGCUCGGCAACCAGGUGCGCUCGCCCGCCCCCGUGCAGUCCCCCUGCCCGCCCUCGCAGCCGCCGCCACAUUCCAGCCCCUCCCCCCGGAUACAGCCCCAGCCCUCCCCGCAGCACGCCCCGCCCCCCCACACCGGCUCCCCCCACCCCGGCCUGGCCACGCCCAUGCCCAACUCCCUGGAGCAGGGACACCUGGGCGGGCCGGAGCAGAGCGCCAUGCUGCCGCAGCUGAACUCAGCGGGCCGCGGCGGGCUGCCCAGUGACUUAGGCAUGGUGGGCGACGCCACGGGGGACACGCUGGAGAAGUUUGUGGAGGGAUUGUAGCAUUUUGAGGGCGAAACACACACACCGCCUCCGCUUCCGGGGGGCUCCGUUUGUGUUCUCUCCCCAAAAGGACGUUUUGUACUGACGUGUAAAAAGUUUAAUGAAAUUUAAAGAGAUUUCAGAAGAAAAUCAGUCAACAGUGCGAGGGAAUGUGAAGGCUUCCUGAACCAAGGGACUGCUGUUGCUUCCUAUA